AUGGAGUCUACCACCUCGGGAGGCUUCCACUCCCGUCGCUCAUACCCAUCCCUUCACCACAUCUCUCUCUCGCCCUUAAACCCACGAUUUCCCAUUGACGACGACACAGAUCCAACAGACUACUUCAAUCACCGCGACCAUGAAACUCCAACCAGUGGUACUCACACACCCCCAGCAUCAUCAUAUCUAUCUAGCGUUUCAGUCCCAAGCACGCCACCGAUCCUCUCCCACUCACGUAGCAACUCGCGAAGCCGCCAUCACACGCGGAGCAAAACCUCUACAGGGGCAGGACCCUUCAGCGACAUGAAUCUACACAAUAGGGAGCUAAGCCAUGCCCUCCACCACAUGCAAAAUACGCACAAGAAACAUCACAGCAUCUCUCAUUCGCAAGGACGACGCCCCCUGCCGGACAGCACGCCGAAAUCCAAAUCCGAUGCAGAAUGGAUGCUCCGCGCAGGCAUUGCCCUCGCCUCCUCAACACGUGAGGAAAAAGGCCAAAGCUGGCUCACUAAGCGCGAGAGCUCAACAAGCCUCACAGCAUUCGACGAAACAUCUACUAACCGCCACCACCACCGCACCAAAUCAGGUGCUUCGUGGCGCGCUUCUCGCUCCGGCGCCUCAACCCCAGGCGGAGUUGGCGCAGGGUCCCGUCGCGCCUCUCGCUCCCGCGCCGGCAGCAGACGCGGCAGUAGGGUCGAUCUAACCAUGACUGCCAUCCCGGCGGUAUCGUCUACCUCAACGACAGCAGAUAACGUAUUCACCAGCUCGGGAACGAAUACAGGAACUGCGACACGCACGGCGAGCCCCGAAGCGCGCGGCCGUAGUCCCCUAGUGCCAGACUUCGUGGACGCGCACCUUCGCGCUGAGAUGGCAUCGCUGCAGCACCGUGAGCGCGGGUUAGAUGAAGGCUCUGUGUACUGGGAUGGGGCUGGCUCGGACGAAGAUGAGACUUCGUCUGAGUAUUCGUGUAGCUCUGACGAGAUGUCGGAUGAGUUCGAUGAGGCGGAUCUGCAGCAGCUGACGCGUGAGCGUGGGUUCGGGCUCGGCUCUUGGAUUGACCGGUUGGUUGAGUGGACGCUUUUCGGGGUCGAGGAGUGGCCUGUGGCUGUUCCGACUGCUGUGCCCGCCGCGGUGGCUGCUUCGCGGAUUGGUACGGCGGAUACUACUACUGUUACAUUUGAGGAGCCUGGUUUGGUUUCUGGGCGGGACGAUGAUGUGCUUUCACUAGGUUCGGUUGGGGAUGGGGACUUGUCCGAUGACGGGGAGAGUUCUACUGGUAGUGCUGCUCCUAUUGAGAAGCCUGGAUCCCAGGGUGGGUGGGAGGAUGCUGAGUGGUUGUUGCGUUUGAUGAAGCGGGCGUUAGUAUGA